GCGGGAGUCCAGAGAGCGGUCGUGCUCAACAAGGGCCGCGAGAUCGGCGUAAAGCAAGCGCGCCCAGGCAGCACAGCCCAUGCAGGUCGACCUCCCGCAAGCGGCGGUCGUGCUCAACAUGGGCCGCAAGCCCAGGCGGUCAACACCCAGCGGAGACGCCCACGGCUGCACAGCGGCCACUCACCUCGUCAGCGCUGAGCAUUCUCGGAGUGUGCUCUGGCCACUCACCUCGUCAGCGCUGAUCAUUCUCGGAGUGUGCGCUGUCUGGAAGGAGGUAGGCGCCGGCCAGGGGGGCGAGGAGGCUGUCGUCCGCUGCAAGCGCUUGACGUUUCAUAGCGGCGGCGCAGCGGGUACAAAGAUGGAGACUCGCAGCCAAGCGGCGGCAAAGGCGCCCGGCCCUAGCCGGUCAAAGAUGGAAGCGGCCGCUGACAAGGCGGCGGGCGAGAUGCUGGCCCGCCCGUCAAAGGUGGCAGAGGCCGCCGAUAGGGCCGCUGAUAGCUCCAACUUUGACGGUGAGAGCGACGAGGCGUUGGCGGACAUGGCCACCAGCGUGCUGCUUGCCAUCGGCGACGAGGGGAGCGAGUACGAGGAGGAGGGGGAGGAGGAGGAGGGGGAGGAGGAGGGCGACGCGGAGGAGGGGGCCGGGGAGGAGGAGGCGAGCGCCGCACCCAAGAAGUGCAGUGGAAAGUCCGCCAAACGCCUCCUUCAGCAAGAGAAGACAAGAAUGGUCAACUUCUACGGGCGGGCAACCCCGCUGAAAACAGCCGACGUCGACAUGGGGCGGAUGAGGGAGGCUGCCGGUGCGGAGGCGAGGCCCGCAACCGCCAACUUGCUUGGCCACAGUGCACAACGUAGCCUUGCGCGGGCGCUGGUUGACCAGCUGGACGGCGACGACAGGAAGGCGCUCGGCGACGACGCGGGGAGCAUAUCGGGGACCAUCGCAGACGUUGUUGUAGCCGAGGGGGCGCUCAUCAUGGCUGCCCAGAGCUUGGUCGAGAUCUGCAGGCUGGCCGGCGAGCCCCUCCAACUCAUAGUUGCAUCCUCUCGGAACGCAGGCCGCAGCUACCUGGUCAUGGACAGCGACGACACAAUGCGGAUCGUGGCGGGGGGCCUAAUGGGGCAGCCUGUCGACACCACCCACGCAGCCCGGCGUGCUGUGGACACCUACGUGCGCUCCCUGUUUGUUGAGGGGGAGAAAAAUGGGGGAAGAGAAAACACGGGGCUAAAAAAGAUGGGGAUGAAAAAGAAGGUGCGCAAACCCCUGGCGCCCAUUGUGCCCAUCUGGAAAAACAGAGAGGGCCUCCGCGAUGCACUUCGGGACAAGUACAACAAGGCAUCCAGCAGGGACAUCAGGCGCACGCCUUGGCCGCAGAUCCGCGCGCUGACAAACCCCCUCCUUGUCGUGGGCUGGCCGCCGUACUUGCCGUAUGGCCACAUCUUUGGGAGGACGGCAAGCAAGGAGGAGGUGGCAAGCUUCUCGCUGUACUGGGACUGCAUUCAGCUCCGUCGGCGCGAGGACGUGAGCUUCGACGACCUUUUCGCGGAAGAAAGGCCCGGGGAACCGCUGGCAUCUGUGCCCGGUGUGACCAAGAGCAGCUGGGAGGGGGCAGGGCCCACGGCAGCUCAGAUCGAGGCGCUUUCUGGCCCCCCAGUCAGCGAAGGGGCGGCAGGGGAGGUCAGCGAGGGGGCAUCGGUGAAGGUCGCCAUGGAGGGUGUGGAGGGGGUGGAAGAGGAGGCGGCAGAGAGGGUGGCGGAGAAGACGGCAGAGAGAGCGGCGGAGAAGGCGCCGGGGGAGGCUGAGGCUGGGAAGCGCAAGCGCGCAGAGGAGGAGGAGCCGGAGCAAGCGCCCCCCGAGAAGAGGGCCAAGCCCACUGCAGCCGCGGAGGAGGAGGGGUCGGAGGAGGAGGGGUCGGAGGAGGAGGGGUCGGACAGGGAUACUCCUUUGGACAUUGGACUGGAGGAAGUCAAAGUCGGUGGUGUCGAAGCCAGUGGCAGGGCUGGUGAGGACACUGGAGUUGGCAUCGAUGGGGAAGCUGGUGGGGGAGUACGUUGUAACUAUGGGAUUGAUAUGGACGCCGACUGCGGAGUAACGGAAGAUGAUGCGGAGAUUGUCGAAUUACCAACGACGUUUCCCGGACCGGCAGCGUGGUGGAACAGGCUGCCGGCAGUGUGGAAAGGCGAGCCGUGGCCAAAAGUGGAUGAAAAGCAUCUCGCCUUCCUUGAACGCGUAAUCAGCAGCAAACGCAUGCCGGUGGGCCAGUGGGCUCUUGGUUGCGGCAUAAAGGAAAGAGGAGGAGACCUGAGGAUGCCGGCAGGGUCGUCGAUCAUCGAACUCGCUACCAUUCAGAAGAUUGUCAAACCCAACAGCUGGCUGAACGAUCAAGCUGUCAACAGGUGGGUUGACACCCUCUUCACGCCUCGACAGCCCAAUGACCAGAACUGCGGUACAUUUGUGUGCAUGAUGGCUGAUGCCAUUGCCUGUGGUGCCGUGGGUGAGGUUACCGAAUCAUGGGCCGAUACGCAGACCGCCGUCAAUGCCCG